ACGGGAUUGCCGAGCUGGCGGGUGAUCAUUGGUCCAAUUUACCGCAGAUGCUGGUAGACCAGAUCUACGCGAUAAUUUCUCCACAAUUGCCUAUAUCCCUACUCUCCCUGAUCUCCCUCUCCGUGAUGUAGUCGCCGUCGACUGUAUUUUAGGUACUGCUCCGGCAAUGCUGGGGUUGCCUGCGGCGAGAGAUUUGUGGUGUCAUCUGAAGGUCGGCCGAGGUCGGACAUGGCCGACCUUUGCCUCUAGUUUUCUUUGAAAGCCUUCUUCGCAUGAAGGGCCCGCCGUCUUCCUGGGAUUUCCGAGGUUGGAUUUUAGGCCUCGCUGCUGCAGAGGAGGUCCGCCGAGGUUACGCAGCCGGCGGACGCAGGGUUGCUGUGGCGGCCGCGUCACGGAUUUCGGGUGGCAGCCGCAUUGCUUACCUUCCUCUUUUCCCCUUCCAUCUUCCACCAAAUCGUGCUCGAAUCCAGAAUGACAACAGAGGCUUGGGAGGAGAUCAGCGAGGCGCAACGAAGGGCGAGCACGAGAUGCACGAGGCGGAGUCGCUACCCGACGGAGGGAGUGGGGAGGAUGGGUGCAGUGGAGUUAUUGCUUUCCCGAUUAUCUCCCACGCGUAGAUCCUCAGAGAGCAUGUACCUCGCCUACACUUGUAGCUCCUGCAAGAUCCCUCCUCCGGACCCGUUAAAAUCCUGCCAAGGUUCCAAGGCGGAGGCUUCUCUCAUCAUAUUCUAGGGCAAAAUUGAGCAAAACCAGAAGGAGGCGAGAGCAGAUGACGGCUAACAAGAUAAGGGCGACGAUGGGCUCCAGAUCCGCCUCCUCCUCUCGCCGAGGCGGCAGCAGCCGAGGAGGCAGCAGCCGCGGUCUGGAUCUGAUCAGCCUUCUCCCGGACUGCAUGCUCAUCACAAUUCUCUCGUUCCUACCUGUGAAAGACGCUGCUCGGACCAGCAUCCUCUCCAGCCGGUGGCGCCACCUCUGGACCCUCGCCCCUCUCCACCUAGACGUCUCCGCGCUCCACCUCGAGGGAUCCCAUCCCUCCAGGACGCGGCGCGAGGACGAGGCCUGGCGAGUCCGCGCCACCAACCAGAUCCUCUCCGUCCACCGCGGGCCCAUCCCGAGCGGCUGCCUGUGGGGCUUUUUUCUCGACAACCCCGACAUUGGUCGCUGGGUGGAGACCCUGAUCAGAAGAGGCAUCCGGGAGCUCGCCCUGUGCUGCGCGGACAUGGAUCGCUUCUACCCGGUGCCCCUUCCUCUUCUCGAUUGCCGCUCUCUGCUGGCGCUGAAGCUCUCGCACUGCCACUUCCCGGAGCCCCCCCUGCCAUGUCCGACCUUCCUUAACCUUAGAGAACUAAGUUUCUAUUUCUGUGUCAUAACAGAUGAUAUCAUCUCCAACCUUCUAUCCUGCUGCCGGACCCUCCACAGCCUAGUCAUCACUGGCUGUAUGGGCCUUCUCUCCAUCCGCAUCCGCUCCCCAGGUCUCCGAAGUUUUACGCUGAACUGCUCCUCAGUUUAUGGCAAUGAAAUCAAUGAUCUCAUCAUCGAGGAUGCUCCAAAUCUCGAGCGCUUGAUGAUCCAUCGGAGCGUUGCGCAGGAUUCGCAGGUAACGAUUCUGAACACCCCAAGGCUGAAGCUUCUUGGCAUCAUGAGUACGGCGAUCAAGAUGCUCAGGAUGUGUGGGACUUACUUUGAGCUGAUGAACGUGAGAACAACACCUUAUGAGUCAACCAGGAUGGUUGGUAGCUUGCGCACUGUGAUGCAUAGUCUAAGAAAUCUGGCCAUCAGCGUGAACUUUAAUGACUAUCGUCAGGUGAAGAUAGUUCCCGAAUUACUCAGAUGUUUCCCUUGCCUGGAAAUAUUGGAUGUUCAGGUUUUCGGCACGGGUUGCCAUCGUGAGGAUUCUGCCUAUUGGGAGCAACAGGGUUCCCUUGAUUGCCUUCAUCAUCUGAAAAAGAGCACUAUUAAAGGUUUUGAAGGGCACAGGACUGACUUGGCAUUUGCCAAGUUUAUUAUUACAAAAGCUCGCAUGCUUGAGGUGCUCACUCUUCUUUGCAGAUUUAAUUGGACAAGAAAAUGGAGAGACACUAUACGACGCCAUUUGGGCCUUAAGAAUCGUGCCUCUUUCGAUGCUCAAGUAAUUCUAAAGACAACAAAUAGUGGCACCAAUGAGUUUUCAACUUGGGAUCCAGUUAUUUAUGAGUUUUAAACAAUUAUUGUAUGAAGAAAUUUAAGACUUUUUAAAUAAAUCAGGGAAUUUGUUUCCCUGUUGGAAUGGGCUGAGCCUCGAAAUUUUCUCA